AUGCAGUUAGGAAAACCGAAGGGAGGUAUUUCUCGGAGCACAAGCCAAGGGAAGAUUUCCCGGAGCGCAACCCAAGGGAAGAUUCCUCGGAGUGCAACCCAAGGGAAGAUUUCCCGGAGCGCAACCCAAGGGAAGAUUUCUCGGAGCGCAACCCAAGGGAAGAUUCCUCGGAGCGCAAGCCAAGGGAAGAUUUCUCGUAGUGCAAGCCAAGCAAAGCCCUCUGAGAACCAGCGCAAAAGAGGCUGGCAGCGGCAGAAAUGGGGAACAACUAUUCGGUUUGACUCAGGCUUGAGUAGACGGAGAAGAGGCCUGGAUGAGAAGCCCUACAAAUGUAAAGAAUGUGAAAAAAGUUUCAGUCAGAGCUCAACCCUUUUUCAACACCGGAAGAUCCAUACUGGAAAGAAAUCCCAUAAAUGUGCUGAUUGCGGGAAAAGUUUCUUUCAGAGUUCUAAUCUCAUCCAGCAUCGACGGGUCCAUACUGGGGAAAAGCCCUAUAAAUGUGAUGAGUGUGGAGAAAGGUUUAAACAGAGCUCCAAUCUCAUUCAGCACCAGAGAAUUCAUACUGGAGAAAAGCCCUAUCAGUGCGAUCAGUGCGGCCGAUGCUUCAGCCAGAGCUCCCACCUCAUUCAGCACCAGAGAACCCACACGGGGGAGAAGCCCUACCAGUGCAGUGAGUGUGGCAAAUGCUUCAGUCAGAGCUCCCACCUCAGGCAGCACAUGAAGGUGCACAAAGAGAAGGUGCACAAAGAGAAGUCACGCAAAACUCCAGGCAAAAACAUUAAGGCAAAAACUCACGUAGUAUCUUGGAAAACGGGCACAAAAAGGAAGUCGGUGGGUCGCCUCCGCUAA